GCGUGCGAGUUUCGAGUUCAUCGUUCGAGCGAAGUGACUUGGCUCGCUCCUCGCUCUAGCUGGCAGCGUCAUAACAACAAAUUCCGAUGUUUGUGUUUCGUUGUGCGUUGUGAGGUUUAUAAGUGUUGUGUGUUUUGAAAUGAUGAAAUUCAAUUUGGAUUUUUAUUUCUUAUGAAUUAGACUUAAUUCCUACUUGAAAAAGUUUUUCUACACACACAUCGAGAAUGAAGUGGCAUGGAAUGCGUUUUCAACUCAGGUUAUGGAGUUAUUGUCUGCUGAUGCUAUGCAUAAGCGUGGGACGCACCUCGCCACAGGACGAUGGCGAUUUCAACCCGGCGACUCCGCGGAAUCGCGCUCAAUCAGACAGAGACAGACAGUGGUCUCCCUCUCCCAACAGUAUACCCAACGACAGGCGCUCGUUCUUCGAGAACAGUGUCAUCAUUAGAGAAGCGUCGUACUUCAUAGUGGCCAGUAAGAUAGUGCGACCAGGCCAGGUGUACAGGAUAGCAGUGACUGUGUUCAAAAGCAAGCACCCGCUCACUGUGCGCUCGUCCAUUCAGCGCAAUGGAGUCGAAAUCAGCGCCGACAGUCAGAACAUCAAGGAAGGAAUACCUGAAACACUCAUUAUGAGGGUACCGGCCACUAUGGUGUCUGGCGACUACAAAUUGCGAGUGGAUGGUCUAUUUGAUGGAGUGAUCGGCGGAACUGCUUUUGUCAAUGAGACACGCUUGCUGUUUUCUCAGCGGUCCAUGACCAUUUUCAUUCAGACCGACAAACCUGUCUACAUGCAAGGCCAAGCUGUGAAAUUCCGAGUGAUACUCAUCAAUUCUGAACUUCGUGCCUUUGACAAUGCAAUUGAUGUCUACAUGUUGGAUCCAAACAGACACAUCAUGCGGCGAUGGCUUUCAAGACAGUCGAAUGUUGGAUCGGUGAGCCUUGACUAUCUACUGUCAGACCAGCCAGUGUUUGGCAAUUGGACCAUUCAAGUGAUUGCCCAAGGACAGAUUGAAGAGCAAAUUUUCCUUGUAGAAGAGUACUACCAGACUCGAUUCGAAGUUAAUGUAACAAUGCCGGCGUUCUUCCUGGAUAGUGAGCGGAUUCUUCGAGGGACUGUAAUGGCCAAUUACACAAGUGGGGCUCCUGUAUUCGGAAAUUUGACUUUGAAAGCAACAAUAAGACCUGUCAAACCAAUCAGGAAUGACAAUUACCAAGUCGUUGAAAAGUAUUUCAAUUUUAACGAGGAAUUCCCAUUUUGGUUCGCCCCAAAGCAAGAAGAAAAUUAUUGGACAAAUCCAGUUCCACAUCUAAAAUACUUCCGUGGUGUGUAUCAUUUCCAAUACCCAUUGUCAGAGCUGGAGCAAUUCGUGCCCAGUUUGGAUGGAAUGGAGAUAAUGGUGACAGCAACGGUCGGUGACAGAUUCCUGGAUGAAGUGAUCGAAGGCUACUCAAUUGCUCGCGCUUUCAAUUCAACGCUCAGAGUCAAUUUCAUGGGAGGAUCUCCACAAGUAUUCAAACCUUCCAUGCCAUUCAAUGUAUUUUUGACAGUGUCAUCUCAAGAUGGCUCGUCCCUAUCGUCCGACAGACUGCGCAACGGCCGCAUGGAGCUGACUGCAGACGUGGGCAUGCGCACAGGCGGCCGACGUAACAUCGAAAUGCAGAUGCUGAAGAUGUCCGAUCAAGAAGGCGUGUGGGAGAUGAAGUUCGACCUGCAACAGCUGUUGGGUCUGGACGACAACAAGCGGGCCACCGAGAUCCUCAAGGACAUCGACUCGAUGCGCAUCGGUGCCAGCUACAAGGACGCCAACGGCGACCGCACUACAGCUGAUCUGCUCCUGCUGGCCCACUACUCGCCCUUGAACCAUCACAUCAAAGUUUCCACGUCUACUAGUCAACCCAAGGUAAACUAAUCUAAUACUUCCCAUGGAAUGAUCCGUGGUCUAGUGGAUACAGUGCAUGCGCAUGCAAGCUUCAACAUGAAGACGUUCAACUAUAUAAUCAUGUCGAAGGGCAUAAUUCUGCUGACGGGGCAGGAGAACAUGCAGCGCAGCAUUCGCACGUUCGCCAUUACGCUGAGUGCCGACAUGGCGCCCGUCGCAACCAUUGUCGUCUACAGCAUUGAGCGCUUCGGCGAUGUCAUCGCAGACAGCUUGACGUUCCCUGUCAACGGUAUCUCGAGGAAUAAUUUCACCUUAUUCAUCAAUAACCGCAAAGCUCGAACUGGAGAACGUGUCGAAGUUGCAAUUUACGGCGAGCCGGGCGUCUUCGUCGGUCUGUCUGGAAUCGAUCGAGCAUUCUACAGCAUGCAAGCAGGAAAUGAGCUGACCUAUGCCAAGGUGAUCCAAAACAUGGCUACUUAUGGUGAAGACACGAAUGGCACAUUCAUCCACACCUGGUUCUCAAGAGAAGGAAAUGCGGAGGACAUCGUGCAUUUCCCCUCAUCAACAUUCGGUAUUGAUGCCAACAGAACUUUCCAGUUUGCAAGUCUGGUGGUGUUCACUGAUGUGGAGGUGACUCGCAGAAUCAACGUGUGCAACAUCACACAGGGCCUGGCCGAGUGCCUCAACGGCAGAUGCUACCGAGUUGACAAGAAGUGCGACGGCAGAAACGACUGUGAGGAUGGAUCCGACGAAGCUGGCUGUCCCCGUUUCAAUGCGACCGAGCUGUCACUGUUCAGAAAGUUCCGGUUCAACCGCAUCCAGCGGCAGUACGACAACGUGUGGCUAUGGAAGGACAUCAACAUAGGGCCACAUGGUCGCUACAUCUUCGAGGUGGAUGUGCCUGAGCACCCGGCUCACUGGAUGGUGUCCGCCUUUAGCAUGAGUCCACGGCUCGGCUUUGGAAUGCUGCCCAAGCCCAUUGAGUAUGUCGGAGUGCUUCCAUUCUUCAUCAAUGUAGAGAUGCCCAAAUCGAGUUACCAAGGAGAGCAGGUUGGAAUUCGUGUGUCCGUUUUCAACUACAUGACAACCGACGUUGAAGCCCUCGUUGUGCUGCGCGGCUCUGAUAGCUACAAGUUUGUUCAUGUCGAAUUGAACGGCAUUGUUCGUUCUUACAACCCGAGAACUUCAUUUGGUGAUCACCAGUUCUUCAUUUACAUCAAGGCUCAAGAUGCGGCAGUUGUCUAUGUGCCGAUUGUGCCCAUAAGACUGGGAGACAUUCCUGUAACAAUAGUUGCCUCGUGUUUGAUGGGAAAAGACUCGGUUACUCGAAAUCUGCAUGUUAAGCCGGACGGAUUACCGCAGUACAGGCAUCAAUCGAUCCUACUGGACUUGAGCAACCGAGCCUACAUCUUCCAGUACAUGCACGUGAACAUCACGGAGACGCCGAUCAUUCCGUACGACGAGGACCGCUACUACAUCUUCGGCUCCAAUCGGGCCUUCGUGUCGGUGGUGGGUGACGUCGUGGGCCCCAUAUUCCCCACAAUGCCUGUCAAUGCCUCUUCGCUGCUCGAUCUGCCUAUGGACUGUGCGGAGCAGACAAUGUUCAGUUUUGCAGUCAACCUGUAUACAACACUGUACAUGCGUCUCAUCAAUCAGAGAAACAGAACUCAGGAGAAGCAUGCGUUCUUCCAUAUGAAUGUGUUGUAUCAACGCGCCCUAUCAUUCAUGAACAAAGAUGGCUCAUUCAGUUUCUUCAGAACGGAUUGGAAUCAGUCGUCUUCAAGUGUAUGGCUAACCGCGUUUUGUGCUCGAGUCCUCCAGGAAGCCAGCUUUUACGAAUGGGAAAACUAUAUCUACAUUGAUCCUGAUUUGAUUGCGAAGUCAGUGUACUGGGUGUUGCAACAUCAAACACAGGAGGGCGCUUUCUACGAAGUAACAUGGCUGCCUGACCGAAAGAUGAAUCACUCUCUCAACUGGCCUGACGAUCACAUACGCUUCAGAAAUAUAUCUUUGACGGCGCACGUUCUUAUAACACUGGAUACUGUGAAAGAUUUGACCGGGGGCUUAGGAAGUCAGGUGGCGUUGGCGCAAGGCCGGGCGAUUCAGUGGUUGGAGAGAAAUCUGAAACUGCUUGACACCCACGGAGAUCCCUAUGAAGUGGCCAUUGUGGCAUACGCCUUGAUGCUGAGUAAGGCUGCUACUGCAGAGGCAGCCUUCGGGAUACUUAUCAAACAUGCUCGCAACGAAGGUGGUCUGAUGUACUGGGGAAAGGAGUCGGUGCCAGCCCCUCCAGUGAAGAUGGAGAACCAGAAGCCGUUCCUGCUGCCACGUUUGCCCUACAAGUACGACUCGACCAACAUAGAGACGACCGCCUAUGCGCUGCUCGUGUAUGUCGCCAGACAGGAGGUGAUGCUCGACUCCAUCGUCAAGUGGCUCAACUCUCAGCGGUUGACUGAUGGCGGGUGGGCGUCUACACAGGACACAGCUUGGGCGAUGAAAUCACUGAUCGAAUACACAAACCGCGCCCGCAUCAGGGAUGUGUCAUCUCUGUCAGUGACUGUCGAGGCGACUGCACUACCCGGCAAAACUAGGCGCCUCUUUGUCAACAACAAGAACAUUGCUCAACUACAAAGAAUUGAGAUCCCAGAAGCGUGGGGCACAGUGAAGGUGCAGGCGAAUGGUGCCGGAUACGCGAUCCUGCAGAUGUCGGUGCAAUACAACGUGGACAUCCCCAAGUUCCAGACUCAGCCACCAGUGCGCGCUUUCUCACUGCGCACGCAUGCUGUCUUCCACGGCAGGAAUCAGUCGCACAUCACCUACAAAUCAUGCCAAAGGUGGACAAAUUACAAUGAAUCGGUUCGUUCGGGAAUGGCAGUGCUUGAUGUGACCAUUCCAACCGGAUACAUCAUUCAGCAGCAGAAGCUGGACGCCUACAUCAGAUCGAAGAAUGUUCGCAACUUGCAACGUGCUCGCUUUGCCGAGCGGAAAGUGCUUUUCUACUUCGACUAUCUUGACGACAGAGACGUGUGCAUAAACUUCACAAUCGAGCGCUGGUAUCCUGUGGCCAACAUGUCUCGGUUCUUGCCAAUCAGAGUUUACGACUAUUAUGCACCUGAGCGUUUCAACGAAACAAUAUUCGACUCGCUGACGACGUACGUUCUGAACAUCUGUGAGGUAUGUGGCAGCAGUCAGUGCCCCUACUGUCCCAUCUACAAUGUGGGCUCUCUGCUUCGCGCGCCGGCCGCCAUCUUGGUUCUGUCGGUGGCCCUCUCCUCCCUCCUCUGGUCACGUGGUCUCUUCAGCUGGCAUCGAGACUCAUCGCCUCUUGGGCCGUUGUGACCGCCACACCAUUAGAGCGACCGGUGCUGCUAUGCUAUGCUGUUACCUGCCUCUGUGCGCCAAGUGAUCAGUAGAUCUAUUCAAUUCUAUUCGAAAUUUUCCCAUCGGACAAUGACUGAUGAUCUGCCAAUUAUAUCAUAGACAAGGGGUUGUUGCUCAACUUUAUUUAACUAUCAUGACUAGGUUCAUAGUAUCGUAGUAUGUGAAACAACAUAUAAUAUAUUUGUCAUUUUCUGAUAUCAGUAAUAUUCUAGUUACACACAAAUCGAUUUUUGGACGUACGAUGUUUUUACCGUUCUUUCAAAUUCUAUUAGAUUAAACAUAACUUGAGUUAGUUUAAACACGCAUAGUGCCGGCUGCACAAAAGCCUGUUAAAUUGUAACCGUGAUUAAUUUAAUUAGAACCAUUCAGAGAAGCCAUCUUUUCUAAAAGGCCUUUGGCUUCUCUGAUUGGUUCUCGUGAAAUGAAUCAUAGUUAAAAUUUAACCGGCUUUUGUGUAACCGGGCCAUAAUGUGUUUGCUAUGUGUUGCAAGUUCCGUUUAAUCUGGAAGAAUUCAUAAGGACGGCAAAAAAUUGAACGUCCAAAAAUCUAUUAUUAUUAUUAGCGUAUGGCUUUGAAUGGUGGGGCGACCCAAGGGUAGUUCCACCUCGCCGUAUAUAGUCCAAAGUUCCCUGAUGGGAAACCCGACACUAAGGUUAUAGUCAGCACAAUACUUUAAAUUUACACUUUUCACUUCGGAACAAAAAUCGAUGUGUGUGUAACUAGAAUUCAACAGUUACACAGUUAAUUAACAGUUACACAGAUCCCAAGCCAACAAAAAGUAUUAAAUUUUUAUUGAAAUACAAAAUUUUAUAUUGUAAACUUUGUAUAAUAAUAAUAUCAUUGUAACAUUACAAUGUAAUUAUUAUGAUGUUAUAAUAAUCGUUAUAUCAUAAUUAUUAUUAUAUUUCACUGUAUAAUUAUUUUGUAUCCUACUCAUUGAAGUUUGGAAGCAAGACCCAUGUUUACUAACAUGACCUAUUACAAUAUUUACUUUUAUUGUCAUCUUCUCAUGAUUGAAGUUUCAACUAUUAGCCUACAAUAUCUACUUUUAUUAUCUUCCACUUAUGGUUGAAGUUUCAAACCGAUAGUUAGUUGCUCAGACUCUUGUAAUACAAAUUGCAGUAAUAAUAGUUAGAAAUUUGAUAACUUAGUAUCUAAACUUGAUUGAAAUUUGGAAUCUAACAAUCCUGAUGGUGGUCUGGGUCCUAAUGUUAAUCUUAAUGUUUAUCAUUUUUCACUUCCAAUUAUUGUAAAUAUUUUCAUUAGUGACAGCCAACAAAUUAGUACGGUAUUGCCUUGGAAAUGGGUUGGUUUCAUAUGUUGUUCCCAUUCCAUUAAUGUACAAAAACUGUUAUAUUAUGUAGCCCAAGCGCUUUGUAAUAAAUUAUAAGCCAUUUUCAGUAUGAUGAGUGAUCCCCAGAUUGAUAAUUUUCAUUUUGAUUGCGGACUCGAUUUUACUUCCAAUAAGGCUCAAUAUAUUGAUACAAUUUCUAUGCUAUCCAGAAAUAUUAUGCAAUAUUUUAGUUUUGAAACCAAUAAUGAGUUAUUCUUGAUGAAUGCAAUAUUGAAAUCUGUGGAAUAUAGUUUAUGAUCGUUGAAUCUCAUAGAAAAGAACUGAGGAUUGAAUCUCAUUUUUUCAAGACACUUGAUGUGCAAUAUUGUAAUCAAAUUAUCAAUAAUACAGUAAUUUACCAUGUUGCAAUCGCAAUAUUCAACCUCAUAAAAAAAUUUCUCUUUGUAAAUGUAUUGCUACAUUAACUAAACCUGCAUCUUUUAUAGUAUUGUAGUAUUUCUAAAAAAUAUCAAAUCUUUUAAUUUACUUCCAUUCAAAUGAUAUAUUACUGUUUAAUUAUUGUAACGGUGAGUUUUAUUUUGACUCUUUCUACAGUAUUAUUUAAUAAUGGUAUAUUAUUUGAUAUUUUUUGACUUAUUGAACAAAUUCUAUGUUUAUUUUUUAAAAUUAUUUUUAAUUUUCUGAUCUCAAAAGAAUCCUAAUAUUUUCUUUCAGUCUCUACUCGCAUCUCCGUCCUUUAAAUAUGUGCUUAAAUCUAUUGAAUUGAGUUCAGUCGAAUACUGCUGUUUAUAUUUACAUUGUCAAUAGAAUUGAUAAUUUGGCAAUUACAAUAUAUUAAUUGUUUAUCUAUGUGUUGAAGAGGUAUUGUUGAAUUUCAACAAUUUAUAUUGAUUUAUCACUGAUUCAAGCAGCAAUGACAAUAAUUUAUUUACUUUAUAUAUCUUAGUUCAGUAAAUCUCGAUUAAACUUUCACUUACUGCUUCUAAGCUAGGGUACUGAUAUGUAUCACACUGACAUAUUUUUGAAUAUAUAUCAGAGUAGGAUUAAUUAUCAGUAGUACUCUUUCUGUACAGUAGUUUAAAAUAUAUACAGUACUCCGACCUCUUUCUGUAUCAAUUUUUUUAUACUUUAUUACUGAACAUGUUUUAUAUGUGGUGCAUGCACCCAAUGUACUUAUAUACUUUAAAGAACACUCAAAGCCUACCAUAAACUCAAUCUAACAUUCAACACAUAGAGAUUGCAAACUUUUCUAUGUUUGGAUGUUUUUUGUAUAGUCAGGCAUUUAUUCGAACUCAUCUAGUUACUUAAGCACGACAAAGUUAUAAAACGUUAACCAAUCGGAAUUAUUUCCUCAAUAUUUUCUUGAACAUGAAAUAAUAAUUAUUUAGCUUUUCUAUAAAUUAUAUGUUAAUUUUUACUAUACAUUAUACUAUAAUCAGAUUUCAUCUACAAUAUUUCAAUUAAAUAUUUUUCAUGAAUACUGAUAAUGUGUAGCUAUGAAUAUAUGAAAUAUUUUCGAUUUUAUAGUAGCGUAGAUGAGGCAAACCUUGGAUAAUAGAUGGAUAAACUUGUAAAAUAGUUAUCAAGGUAUAUCAAACACCUUUACUUGAUUUUCGUCAAACUUGAAAGCACAAAAAAUUGGGUUGUCUAUUGAAUUUACUACUUUAAUCCAACUGACUUCUGGAGUGUUUGAGCAGACUAGAUCAUGUACUGAGCAAUUACCCCUUAAAAAUUAGUCACUUUUUCCGUCCAUCGUUUUGUAAAUAAUAUUCUCAUUAAUUCAUAGAAUUAUGAUUUUUAUUUGACAAUAGAAAAUGUGUAUAUUCAGAUAUAUGGUAUUAGUUAGUAAUCAUCCAAACUUAGAACUUAGUUUAUAAGGCUCGGAUUCACUCUAUCAUAUAUUGCCUUAAUAUAUUAUUGAGUGAAGAUUCUGCAGAUAUAAUGUCAAUAAAGCUUAGGAGUGAAUGCUAACACACCUUGCCUUGUUUGUAUGUAAGUUGUUAGCCAUCGUAUGCGUGUGAUUUCUCAUGAUUGAUAAAUCUCUCAAAAUGAUCUAAUAGGUAUAUUUUGAAAAUUGUUGGAAUAAUUAUCAUUCAUGAUGGUAGUGAAACAUUAUUAUAAAGAGUAUAGAUAGAUAUUUUUAUAGAUAUUUUAUAAAGUACAUAGUAGUAGUAUAUUAU